AUGUCUUUGAUACCUUUACCACCUUCUUUGGUACCGUUUCUUGAACCAUUCUUACCUGCCAAUGACGAAGUUUUCAUCACAUUAACAUAUGCACAAUCAUUAGAUUCUCGGAUAUCAUCAAAACCUGGAGUUCAAACUAAAAUAUCUCAUUUGGAAACCAAAACCAUGACCCAUUAUUUAAGGUCAAAACAUGAUGGGAUAUUGGUGGGAAUUGGAACGGUUUUGGCUGAUGAUCCAAAAUUGAAUUGUAGAUACGAAGGCGGUAAUAGUCCUGUACCAAUUGUUCUUGAUCCCCAUGGGAAGUGGGUAUACCAUAAAUCUCAAUUGCGGAAGAUAUGUGAUGGGAAUCAAGGUAAACCCCCUGUUAUAAUUAUUGAUGAGGAAUCACAACUCGAUGACGAAAGUGUAAAAGUACUUGCACAACAAGGUGGUAAAAUCUUACAAUUACCAUUAAAGCAACCUAACAAUUGGAAUAUCAUCAUUGAUGCACUUUCACAACAAGGAAUCAAAUCAAUAAUGAUUGAAGGAGGAGCCAGGAUUAUCAAUGAUUUAUUGAUCUACAAAAAAGAUAACAAGAGCAUUGUCAACAGUUUAAUCAUAACUAUUGGACCUGUAUUUUUAGGUAAUGAGGGAGUUGAAAUAAGUCCUUUAAAACAUGUUUCCCUUUCUCAUGUCAAAUGGUGGUCAGGUAUUCAAGAUAGUAUAAUGUGUGCUACAAUAGAAUGA